UCGGCCUGGCGCUGCCUCUCCCGGGCGCGGCCCGCGUCGUGCCGCCCGCGCGCGGAGCUGCCAUGGGUCCCGCGGCGCGGGCACCGGCUGUCCCCCGCGGACGACGAGAUGUACCAGCGGACGCGCAUCUCCCUGCUGCAGCACGAGGCCUCUCCCGCCAUGUACAUCGACAGCUACAACAGCCGCGGCUUCGUGAUCAACGGGAACCGCGUGUUCGGGCCCUGCGCCCUGCUCCCCAACUCGAUGGUGCAGUGGAACGUGGGGUCUCACCAGGAUAUCACUGAAGACAGCUUCUCCCUCUUCUGGAUGCUGGAGCCCAGGAUAGAGAUUGUGGUGGUAGGUACUGGAAACAAGAUUGAGCGUCUGCACCCCUACGUGCUCCAGGCGAUGAGGAAACGGGGCAUCGCCGUGGAAGUGCAGGACACGCCCAAUGCUUGUGCCACCUUUAACUUCCUGUGUCACGAAGGCCGAGUGACAGGAGCUGCUCUGAUCCCUCCACCUGGACACAGUUCACUCACACAUGUGGGCCCAAGUGCAGCAUGAUCCAGCAACUGAGCCGCUGUCUGGGAGAGCAGAGAACAGAGGGCAUUCUCAUUUCCUUACCCUUUCAUUCUCGGCACUUUAAUAACACUUGAGAUUGUAAAAUCAUAA